UAACAUCCCUGAGAAGGAGAAUGUUGGACGACGCAAUGCAGACCGGGAAUUGCUUCCGAUGCGGUCAAGCUGGUCACUGGAUCAGCGGUUGUCCUCUCAAAUCCAAAGCCGAUGAUACUCCUCCGGCGAUCCACUGCCCUUGCGGCGGCGGUUUCUGUGAGAUCAAAGUCUCAAACACACGAGAUAACCCCGGAAGGAAGUUCCACAAGUGUCCUGCGGCUCAGAGUUGCGAUUUCUUCAAAUGGUGUGACAAAGUAACCGAUGAAGAUAUCAGAUUCCGUCCUGCCUUCACCAUCCCUAUCUGUCCCUGUGGUGCUGGACCUUGUCGAAGAGUUAAAGACGUUUCUGGUAGAGCUUACCUUAUAUGCUGCAUCAAAAAGGGUUUUGGAUCAUGUGGAUUCUUUAAGUGGGAAGAUGUUGAGAUGAUUCAGAGUUGUGGUUCAGUAGAUGAGAUUGAAUUUUGGAUAGAAGCUGAUCAGAUUUUGAGUGGUGUUGAGAGUAGCUUUAAGGCUUCUGGUGCUGGUGUAACCGUGAACCAAUGUCAAGCUUCUCUUGUUAGUAGCGUUGAGGAUGAUUCUGUUGCUGUUUCUGAUACACAUUCCACUGCUGCUGUGGACCAAGGUAUCCGUCUGUUUGAUCCUGUUUUGAUUGAACCUGAAGAGGAACCAUGGAACAAGACUCUACUUGGUGAUCAGCUAACAAAUUCUACUAUUUCCAAGUUAAGUGUGGAUGAAGUAAUGAGUGAUUUGAUGAAAGAUACGGUCUCUAGCGGUUCUGGUGUGAUACAUGAGAGGAGAAACCAUGAGGAACCUGGAAUCGGUGAAGCUGAGGGGUCAUUCCCUUACUUGCAGGACCUAAUUGAUCAAUACAACUCAGAGAAGCUUCAGUUUGAGUGUGUGUCUGGGAAACAUGUACAACUGUUGAGUGAAUUUAUGGCUUCGUACAGGCGACUGAGGUUACUUCAUGAGAAAACUAGUCAUUUCAGGAAAAGUUUACUUGAAACAGAGAAGGAGAUUGUUUGUUGCGAGGCUGAGACAUUAGAAUUUGGAGCGAGUUGCAGGGAAGUGGCUGGUGAAAUGGCUGAGUCUCAGAAGAGGAUGCAGGAGACAGCAGAGCAACUAGGGAAGGAAGUAGAAGUUUUUAAGCAACAGGAGUUUGUUCCUCUCAAGAGAAGACGAGGCUGAGCUUGAUUGCUUGUGUGUGUCAUUUUGGAAGGUAACUACCACUUGUUGCAUUAAUUUUAACUCCUUAAUUCCAACACUUUACACUACGGUAUCGGAUAACUUGUGUAGAUAAUAGACUAGUUAGAUUAAAUGGCCUAAAAUUUGAUC